UCAACACUGAAAAAAAAAAGACAAAACCCAAAAAGGGAAAAGAAAAUAUAAAACAAAUAAAUGAAACUCGAACUCGUGUUCAUACCCGCGGCGGAAAUCGGCCAUCUCCGAUCAACCGUCGAGUUAGCGAAGCAACUCCUCAACGAAGACGAUCGUCUUUCGAUCACCGUACUCAUCAUCCCUCGCCCUUCCUCCGACGAUUCCGACCACGUCACACCCCUUUUCACGCCGUCCCAAGAACGCCUCCGUCACCUCACCGUCUCCGCCGCGGAUCAUCCGCCCGACGCUCCUCUCGAUCCCCAAACCUACAUGGACAACCAAAAGCCGAAAGUGAGAGACGCAGUCUCCGGACUCCUCGAUCCUACACGGAGGCUCGCCGGAUUCGUCGUCGACAUGUUCUGCACGUCGAUGAUGGAAGUAGCCGACGAGUUCGGAGUCCCGACGUAUAUGAUGUACACGUCGAACGCCGCCUUUCUCGGGAUCACGCUUCAUCUCCAGUUGAUGUUCGACGAGGAGAGGUAUGACGUCAGCGAGCUGGACGACUCGGUCAACGAGUUGGACUUUCCGUGUUUGACUCGUCCUUAUCCAGUUAAGUGUCUUCCUUCUCUCUUCACCUCGAAGCAGUGGCUUCCCUUCUUCUUUGACCAGGCGCGAAACUUCCGAAAGAUGAAGGGUAUUUUGGUAAAUACCGUUGCUGAGCUGGAGCCUCACUCUCUGAGAAUAUUCUCCGGAGGCGGUGACCUUCCUCAAGCGUAUCCAGUGGGACCACUAUUGCAUCUCAAAAACGACGACGUAGAAAGGAAUCAAUCGGAGAUUUUACGGUGGCUGGACGAGCAACCGGCGAGAUCGGUCGUGUUCCUCUGUUUCGGGAGCAUGGGAGGUUUCAACGAGGAGCAGACGAGAGAAAUAGCCGUCGCGUUGGAGCGAAGCGGUCACCGGUUUCUCUGGUCUCUCCGCCGGGGAUCGGCUGAUAUAAUGACGGAGCGUCCCGGAGACUACGCGGAUCUGGAGGAAGUUUUACCGGAGGGAUUCUUGGACCGGACGUCGGAGAGAGGGAAGGUGAUGAUCGGAUGGGCUCCGCAAGUGGCGGUGCUAGCUAAGCCGGCGAUCGGGAGCUUCGUGACUCACUGCGGAUGGAACUCGGUGCUCGAGAGCUUGUGGUUCGGCGUUCCCAUGGUGACGUGGCCGCUCUACGCGGAGCAGAAGAUAAACGCGUUCGAGAUGGUGGAGGAGCUUGGAUUGGCGGUGGAGAUACGGAGGUUCUUUAAAGGAGAUUUGUUGUCCGGGGAGAUGGAGAUGUUCUCCGCGGAGGAUGUAGAGAGAGCGGUGAGGCGUGUAAUGGAGGAAGGUAGUGACGUCAGGAACCGAGUGAAGCUGAUGGCUGAGAAGUGCCACGUGGCGGUAGAGGAUGGCGGAUCUUCGCAGGUGGCUUUGCGGAAGUUUAUUCGAGGCGUGGUCGAAAAUGUUCUGGUCUAAUUGGAUGGGACCAUGUGGAGGCAAGAGCAUAGUUUAUGCACCGUUUAUACUAAUUUCCCACUUUGGAUAUACCGUUACGUAUGUUACAUUUCUUGAAUAAGGUUUUGAUGGUGUAUAUGUAUCGUUAAGAAUACUAAUCAAAAAAACAAUGUACCGUUAAGAAUAAUAAUAAUCGAAAUUGUAUCGACUCUU